CACUGCUGCGUGAGAAGACAGUCUAGUGCGCGACGUGAAGAGGAACGUUGCAAAUCCUGCUGCUAUUCCUCCACUUAUCCCGUACAAGAAGCUCUGUCUAAAGCAGGGAAUUUGGGAGACAUCUCGUCCGAAAAUCAUCAAAGACUGAGCCGCUGAAAGUGGGUCACCGGAGAAAUGUCGUCUAGUCACACGAGUCCCGUAAAAUAUUUCCUCUCCGGAGGAUUUGGUGGAGUAUGCACGGUGAUCGUGGGUCAUCCACUAGACACAAUCAAGGUUCGUUUGCAGACGAUGCCAGUACCCGAAGCCGGACAAUCUCCACUCUAUGCGGGAACAUGGGAUUGUGCCAAGAAGACAAUCCAACGGGAAGGAUUUAGGGGUCUCUACAAAGGGAUGUCAGCCCCUAUUAGUGGAGUAGCGCCAAUUUUUGCCAUGAGUUUUUUUGGUUUUGGUCUGGGGAAGCGGCUACAGCAGCAGACUCCCAAUGAGAAACUAUCAAAUACACAGCUUUUCCUUGCUGGAGCCUUUUCUGGGGUCUUUACAACUAGCAUUAUGGCUCCUGGGGAGCGAAUUAAGUGCCUCCUACAGAUUCAACAGGGUGGCAAUCAACCACAAAAGUAUAACGGGAUGGUUGAUUGUGCCAAACAGCUUUACAAAGAAGGUGGAAUUAGAAGUAUCUACAAGGGAUCAUUUGCGACACUUCUGAGAGACGUUCCUGCCAGUGGAUUAUACUAUCUUACUUAUGAAUAUACGAAGGAUGCCGUUGGUUCAAAAAUGGGGACAGAGGGUGGUAUUGGUCUGUUGGGCACAAUCUUUGCCGGUGGAAUGGCAGGUAUUGCCAAUUGGGCAAUUGGAAUGCCGGCAGAUGUGCUGAAGAGUCGCCUCCAGACAGCACCGGAGGGAACAUACAAGAAUGGCAUCAGGGACGUGUUUGCUGAAUUAAUGAAGCGAGAAGGUCCCCUUGCUCUCUACAAAGGUGUUACACCGGUAAUGUUGCGUGCUUUUCCGGCAAAUGCAGCAUGUUUUAUAGGAUUCGAAGCUUUCAUGAAGUUCCUCAAUUUUGUGGCGCCCAAUUUAUAGUUUAUUGAGAGAAACUAAGCAAUAUUAUCCUCUGGUGAAACUGAAAGUCAACUAUGAGCAAAAAGAAACUACCAUAAUUUUUUCUAUAAAUUCUUUUUUUUUAUUAUUACGUCUUUUGUUAUAAUCAAAUAGUGGAAGAAUAAAAAAUAUAUAUAUAUAUCAGUUUUUUGUACAGA